AAAUAUCCAUUUCCAACUCUUAUCGACAUCUCCUUGCAGUCAUGGCAACUCACGCUACUUACCCCACUCUACGGGACAAGACCGUGCUCAUUACAGGCGGUGCAGAAGGCAUCGGUGCUGCUACAGUGGAGUUGUUCACGCUACAGGGCAGCCAGGUCAUCUUCAUCGACAUCGCUGAGGACUCAGCGAAAAAGACAAUUGACCGCGCUGUAUCGCGCGCCAAAGACGCCAAUGUGCAAGCCAAAGCACCGGUAUUCUACAAUUGCAGCGUUUCAGAUUUACCAAGGCUACAAGACACGGUCAAGAACAUCCAAGAUAAACAUGGCAUGAUACAUAUCUUGGUCAACAACGCUGCGGCUGCUGGAAACAGAGCCAGGCUUGAAACAGAGAAUGUCAGGCCUGAAGAUUGGGAAGUAAACAUCAACACCAAUCUUCGGCAUGUUUUCUUCAUGAGCCAAGCUGUUCUUCCGGCGAUGAGAGAGGCAAAAAGCGGGAGCAUCAUCAAUCUUGGGUCAAUCACCUGGCGCAUCCCCGCUCAAGGAACUCCAGUCUACGGUGCAUGCAAAGCGGGGAUCAUGGGUCUUACGCGUACUCAGAGUAAAGAAUAUGGCAAGUACAACGUUCGCAUCAAUAGUGUUAUGCCUGGUGCCAUUGCGACCCAGCGACAGAGGGAUGAGGUUCUCACGCCCGAGUAUCGCGAGGAGGUUAUGCGCGGCCAGAGUUUGCAGCGAGAUCUAGAGCCGGAGGAAGUAGCUAAAGUGAUUGUGUUUUUGGGUAGUGAUGAAGCUAGUGCAGUGACGGGCAGUUCUUAUGUUGUUGAUGGCGGUUGGUGCAGCGAUCCAUGAGCAGUGGCUGGACCUGGCUUUGAUACUGCAAUAAGAUGCGCCUAAAUAUGACAAAUAAGAAUUAUGAAGUUUGAGAUGUGAGAUUUCGAACUGAGGCUCGUUGGGGAGGCAUUGUCCGGUCA